UCAAAAUGGCGAUACUCGGACCAGGAAGGUCUGCGCGUGUACUGUCGUCUGUUACUCUGCAGAUGCUGUUGACCCUGACGACCGUCUACUUUGUCUUCUACUUCUUGUUCACCCUCGGUUUAAUCAUCAGAAAGAGCUUGGAGCUGCCGUAUCCAGCCGAUUCUCUGGCCUGUGAUGUCUGUCUGCUGCUUCUCCUGGCUGCUCUGGAGUUUCUCCAUUACUUCUGUGGUGCAAAGGGAAACCUGACAGAGAGUGAGGGAUAUAUUGUGGGUAACCUCUUUGUGACAGGGAUAACUAUCCUGUUGACGGUCUACUUCCUGGUGUGGCAAACCUACGUGAUGAGGGCAGACGUCAUCAUCAGCAGCGUCCUGCUUGCCGUUUAUGGCUUGGAUGGCAUCCUGGCGUUCAGCACCUUGGCCCGAAUCGCCAGUGUCUAUUCGUGAUGAAGUCUUGUCUUCAUUGUCAUCGUUGUUGCAGCUGGACUCACAGAAACUCUGCACAAACCAGAAAUCAAAAUGUAGCUGUCAUUUGGACUUUCUGACUCUUUGUAAUUUAAAAAAAUAUUUAUUUGGACAGAUAUUUAUCAGGUAAGUAUCAGGUUAUCUGUUCAGGGCUGUCAGAGACACUCUUUAUAUAGAGACUCAGUAAUUAUAUAUUGUUUAUAUUGAAAUACUACAUUUGAUAUUGUUCAUAUUUUGUCCAGGAGAGGGCAGAAUUGUUUUGAUAAAACUUUGAAUAGUGACUUAAGUGAUUGUAGUGCUCAGAUCUUUUGAAUAUCUUUGAAAUAAAAAAUAAAUAUAUAUAUAUUU